AUGCCUACGAUCCUCACUCCGCAAGGAUGGGUCAAAGUCGCACCACCACCCCCUCGUAAACGACCUGUGAACCACGACCCAAAGGCCGUCUUUCGAGGACCGCUGGCAUACCUAGCCUGCCAGAGGAGUAAACCUCCUCCCCUCAACAUUGGCGGUGGUGGGAACAUCAAAGGCCGAGCAGAGUUUCCAUAUGACCUGAGUGCGAGCCCGGAGAAAUUGAGACGGCAGGGCGAGGUGAAUGCGCGCUCGAAGGCGGACAGGAGUGUUUCUGCUCCGGUCAUGCAUGGCGGUUUGCAUCCUCGCGACGACGAUUACGACGACUACGACGACGAGGUCGAGGAUGUUCCUGCACCGGAGGUCCAGAGGCGUCGACCGCGAACGCCAAAAUCGAUAGAGCAACCAAAGCCCAAAUCGAGGUCGACGCCGUUCUCAUACCAGCUCGCACUCCCGCGCACCAUCCAGUCCCAGCUCGAGUUCGACUUCGAGCUCAAGCGCGAGCUCCAGAUCCAGCGCUCCGAGCUCGCGCUCCAGCGCCUCGAGCGUGUCCAGCGCACACUCGACAAAGUCCUACCACCGACCCGCCCCGCCAGGGCACAGCAGACGCCCCUCCGUGCCCGCGGCCGCGCCAGCAGCAAACCCGUACUACUCGAUGCCUCGAUACGACCACUACCCAGCGCUGCCGGGUUCGAUGCCCAUGCCUAUGCAUGUGCCGAUGCCUAUGCCAGCGGUGCCGGCGGCACAACCAGUCUCGUCUGGCAAAGGCAGUGGCAGCGCAAGGAGCCUGUCGUAUAG